AUGUCCCCAGCAAAGAAUAUCUUCCUCAUCGGCCCGGGCCUCAUAGGAGCCGACCUCAUCGAACUCCUGCUCGCAGACGGCUACUCCGUCACGACGCUGGUGCGUCGAGAAGAACACGCCCGGCAAAUCAAACAACACUACCCGGCCGUCAAGGUCGUCAUCGGCACGCUCGACGACUUCGACCUGAUCCGCCAACACGCAGCCUCGCACCCGAUCACCAUCCACGCUGCGACGGCCGACCACCUCCCCUCGGUGGAAGCCGUGCUCGCCGGCGUGCGCGACCGGGCCACCAACCAAGGCCUGCCGGACAGCAUCUUCAUCCACACCAGCGGCACGAGCUGCCUGGUCGACAACUCGCGCGGCAUGUACAUCUCGGACAAGGUCUACUCGGACGCACGACCCGAGGAGAUCGACACGAUCCCGGACGACGCACCACACCGCGCCAUCGACCUGGCCAUCCUCGCCGCUCGCAAGGAACUCGGCACCAAGGCGAAAAUCAUCAUCAUCCUCCCGACUUUAGUGUACGGCGUGGGCAAACACAUCAAGCGCAUGUCCAUCCAGCUGCCCACCAUGACGAGGUUCGCGCUGAAGCACGGCUUCGCCCCCGUCAUCGGCAAAGGCCAGUCGGUGAGGUGUAACAUCCACGUCCAGGACCUGGUCAGGGCGUACAUGGUGAUUCUGCACUGGAUGGAGACCAGCAGCGCCGAGGAGGUCCUCAAGAAUCCUUAUUUCGUCUGUGAGAACGGCGAGGAGAUGUUGUGGAGAGAUGCCGCCGUCGAGAUCGGCAAACAGCUGUAUCAGGCCGGGAGGAUCAAGGACCCCGAACCGAAGAAUGUGCCGGCAGAGCUGUAUCCGGAUCUCUUUGGCCCGUAUUCGCCGACGACGGUUGGCGCGAACUCGAGAAGUCGCGGAGACAGGCUCCGGCAGAUGGGAUGGAAGGCCACCGAGAAGAAUGUCCUGGCCUCGUUCCGAGAGGACGAGCUGCCUCUGUUGCUGGCGGAAAAUGAGCAGUUCAAUGGGUACGCCGGCGUCGCGUCCUCUGGCACGCAUGUUUUGAAGAGUCUGGAUUGA